ACAACCAUAUUACUCCACCAUCACAAAUCAGAAAGACUAUUAUCCAAAGAAAACAAAGAUGGGUUCCUAUUCCAAUGAGAAAGAGAGCAAUAUAGUGGAAACUGUCACUCCACAAACAGAAACAGAUGAUAGUGAUACCCUCUUAGCCAUGGUUCUAGGUGCCAAUUUGGUGUUUCCUGCUGUUCUUAAUGCUGCCAUUCAACUCAAUCUGUUUGAAAUCAUUGGUAAUGAAUUCAUGUCAGCUAUUGAAAUUGCUUCAAAGUUACCAGCUCAACACUCUGACUUACCAAAUCGGCUCGAACGUAUGUUGUAUCUGCUUGCUAGCUACUCUCUUCUUUCUGUUUCCAGUUGCACCAACGACGACGGUAGCAAAGUGAGAGUUUAUGGGGUCACACGUUCUGGCAAAUACUUUGUUAAUGAUGAAAAUGAUGGUGGUUAUUUGGGUUCAUUCACAUCAUUUAUGUGGCACCGUGCUUUGUUAGGAGUGUGGUUGAAUUUUAAGGAAGCAAUCAUUGAUCCAGAGAUUGAUCUAUUCAAGAAAGUUAAUGGAAUAUCUAACUAUGAGUACUUUGGGAUAGAUCCACAAAUAAAUCAAUUAUUUAACAGAUCAAUGACAGAUGCAUGCAAUGUUCACGUUAAAAGAAUCCUUGACAUAUACAAAGGAUUUGAAGGGGUAUCAACUUUGGUUGAUGUAGGAGGUGGCAAUGGACAAAGUCUCAAAUUGAUUAUUGCCAAAUAUCCAUCAAUAAAGGCAAUCAAUUUUGACCUUCCACAAGUGAUUGACAAUGCACCACCCUUUACAGGUAUUGAACAUGUUGGAGGGAGUAUGUUUGAGAGUAUUCCACAAGGAGAUGCCAUAAUACUUAAGGCUGUAUGCCAUAACUGGUCAGAUGAACAAUGCAUAGAAAUUUUAAGUAACUGUCACAAAGCUCUACCUCCAAAUGGAAAGGUGAUUAUCAUAGAGCUUGCACAACUAGAAGAUCCAGAACCAACAGAUGCAUCUAGGAUGAUUGCAAUUAUUGAUAACAUCAUGUUUAUCACAGCUGGUGGAAGGGAAAGAACUCCAAAAGAAUAUGAGAGUUUGGGUAAACAAUCUGGAUUUUCUAAGCUUCAAGUUGUUUGUCGCGCUUUCUCCAUAGUCGGAGUCAUGGAACUUUACAAAUAACCAAGUCACACAUUGAAUCUUAAGAGUAUGAUGAACUUUCUUAUGUUCCUCUAAUUUUGUGUGUCCUGGUUUUGAAAGUUGCUUUCUCUUUUUCUUUUUCACUGUUGAUUUUUCCUUUCUUUUCAUGUAUUAUGUUUUUCAUUUAUUUUCAUGCAUUAUGUUUUUCAUUUCUGUUCAUGUAUCAUGUUUUCUUGUAAUAUUUCAAUCAUUUGGGAGACUGUUCCUAUUGUUUCAGC